ACAGACAGAGGCAGUGGUUGGGCUGCAUUAUCUAUCCAAAUUCAAAUUCUGGGUGCGGGGUUCUUGUGAUGAAACAGAGUUACCCAAAAACAGCAUAGUUUUCAGCAAAACUGACUUCCCUGUGAAAGGAAACCCAGUCAUACUCCCAGUCCCAGAGGAGACCUCUGAGCUGCAUGUAAUGAGCAACAAGGGUCUACUUUGGUUGCCGAGUUAUCGUCUAGAUAGCCUGAAGAAGGUCAUCAAAAUUUCUGGCUGCGAAAGUUCAGUCUAUUUAUUCCAGAGUGGCGCCGAGUACAAUCUUCCAAACCUCCACACAAUUUUAGUUGAAAACUGUCAGAGGAUGCAGGCGUUGAUAGAGUCCAAAGGGCACAGUGACAAUGUAGCCGACUUUAAGGUUCAACCUCGUUCGGAGAAGCUAAAGGUCAUCCGUAUCUCUGACUGUGAAAAUUUGGUCUACUUAUUCAAGACCAAGAUGCUGCCAUAUACUUAUUCAAGACCAAGAUGCUGCCAUACUUCCCAAAACUCGAAGAGAUCUCCAUCAGCCGGCGAAGCCAGAGCAAGCAAGUGGAAGAAGAGUCAAACUCAGAAGAGCCCGUCUCUGAUGCUUCUCUUGCUAUUCAUGAUCCAAGGUUAGAAAAACAGGAGUUGGAUGAGUUGGUGUGGGUUGAUCCACUUGAAUUGAACACGACAAAGUACAAGGGAGAAAAGACGGUUACUCCUGAUGGGCAAAUCAUUUGGAGCUUUCUAAAACUAAAUAUGGAGAUCAAGUAUUGUCUGCAACCCAAGCCAAGGGUCAAGAAGAACAAUUCUAGUACCUUAGCAAAGCUACAUUUACAUGUUUCUGUCUACAAUCCAAGCAUUGUUUCCAUCCAUGGUGGCAUUACUCUUCUGUAUAUCUUAAAUAUCAUUCAGUUAAACCACUUCACUCUAAACUCAUUAACUAACUGUUGCAGGUCCUUUCUCAAGAACCGUAUCUAGUACAAAUCGUAAGCUUUCCAUAAUUCCCAAUAUACUCUCUAAUUCCCCAGCAGUUAAAUCAUGUUCUAUCAUGUUGUUAAUUUCCUGCAGUGUUGAUCAGUUGCCUCCUACCUCAUUUUGAAUUAAUGGAAUUUAUUCUUCUGCACCUUAUAAAGUUCACUAGCAGUGGCACUUGUAUAAAAUCAGAUCUUAUUCACUAGCAGUCGCACGUUAGUGCAAGUGCAAAAUAUACAUGGAGGAGAUAACGCACGCAGAGCUCAAGCUUUUUGGAAGCAUAUUUGUUAAAGUGGUGAAAAAUGAAGCAGUUUGCUUCCUCGGUUGAGUGCUUUCCACUUUCCGCUAUGCUUGGAUUCGACCGUUAAUUAUUUUGUGCAAAGUUGAAGUUUGGGGCCUUCAUUUGGAAUAAAAGCUAGAAGUAUUUUUACUUGAAUCAAUUGAGCCUUAACCAAACUAGUUUGUAAAGUUACUUGGGCUUCACGUUCUUAGAGAAUACUAUGA